AAAAAAAAAAACAGGCGAUGGGACAGAUUUGGCCUGUGGGCCAUAGUUUGCCAACCCUUGGGCUGUAUUAUAGUUGACUUCAUAAUAGACAUUUAUCAGAUUGGGACCUCUGGAUCUACCACAAUGAUAUGGUGGACUUAUCAAGAAAACCCUUAAUUUCAACAUGUGUCUGAUAACUGCCUUUCAUAUUUUAUAUUUCAGCUGGAGUUAACCGAAUUUCAUACUGGCCUGCUGAUCCAGAAAUAAGUUUGCUUACUGAGGCUUCUAGUUCUGAAGAUGCCAAGUUAGAUGCCAAAGCAGUGGAAAGAUUGAAGUCAAACAGUCGGGCCCAUGUGUGUGUCUUACUUCAGCCUUUGGUGUGUUAUAUGGUGCAGUUUGUAGAGGAGACCUCUUACAAAUGUGACUUUAUUCAAAAAAUUGCAAAAACAUUGCCGGAUGCUAACGUUGACUUUUAUUCUGAAUGUAAACAAGAAAGAAUAAAGGAAUAUGAAAUGUUAUUUUUGGUUUCAAAUGAAGAAAUGCAUAAGCAAAUACUGAUGACUAUAGGCUUGGAGAACCUAUGUGAAAAUCCAUACUUUAGCAAUCUAAGGCAAAACAUGAAAGACCUUAUCCUACUCUUGGCCACAGUAGCUUCCAGUGUGCCCAACUUUAAGCACUACGGAUUUUAUUGUGGUAAUACCGAACAGAUUAAUGAAAUUCACAAUCAAAGUUUGCCACAAGAAAUUGCAAGGCACUGCAUGGUUCAGGCCAGGUUAUUGGCAUAUCGAACUGAGGAUCAUAAAACUGGAGUUGGAGCAGUCAUUUGGGCAGAAGGAAAAUCUAGAAGUUGUGAUGGAACAGGCGCGAUGUACUUAAUAGGAUGCGGUUAUAAUGCUUUUCCUGUUGGAUCUGAGUAUGCUGACUUCCCACACAUGGAUGACAAACAGAAAGACAGAGAAAUAAGGAAAUUCAGAUACAUUGUACAUGCGGAGCAGAAUGCCUUGACAUUUAGGUGUCAAGAAAUAAAACCAGAAGAAAGAACUAUGAUUUUUGUCACAAAGUGCCCAUGUGAUGAGUGUGUACCUUUAAUUAAAGGUGCAGGCAUAAAACAGAUCUAUGCCGGGGAUGUAGAUGUUGGAAAAAAGAAGGCAGACAUCUCUUACAUGAGAUUUGGGGAACUUGAGGGUGUUAGCAAAUUUACAGUUCCAAAGUUCACCAGUUGUCCCAGUGUUCUAUAGAGCAAAAGGAUCCUGCCCAGAAUCAUAUGCUGCUUUUUAAUAAUAAUUCUGGCAUUUAAUGUAACACUUAAAUACAAGAACUUGCAGUAGGUAUAAAAGGCAUAUAACUGUUUAUAAAUUUCAAGUUUACUGGGGCACCUGGGUGGCUCAGUUAG